CAGCUGAACAAUGAAGAGGAGAGCAUGAACAUGUUCCCCCUCCUUUUAAAGUCACUUAGGUUUAAGGAUCGUUUGGUUACAAAGUCCUCGAGAGACGUAGAUAAACACAAGCAAAGAUUAAGGGUCAAGGAGUUUGCCACAAUUUGUUGAGUAGAGUAUCUCUCUUCCUCACCUUCACACUUCCCAUAACCUCGUUUUGUCUUGUCCUUUCCUUUUGUGUUCCUCUCUCCUCCUUUGGGAACGAUGACCAAAAGCGAAGGAGAACUCUAUUCCUUCCCUACUCUCAAGGACAGCUGAGGACGGCAAAGUGGAGUCACGUUGCUUUGUGAGAAACAAGCUUCUUUCUUCUUUCCCUUUUCCUUCCGCCCCUUGCCUUGUCUAGUUAUUAUUCUCUUUGCCGGGUCCGGAGAAGCGGGAAGGAGAGAUAAGGGAAUGCUUUCCCAAACAGAGUAUUGAGCUUUGUGGGUAGGGGGGGGAAUGAGAUCAGGUUAGGGUUCCCAACAUGGCUUGGUGCAGUAGCUGUGGAAACGAUCGCAUGUUCGACAGAAAUCUAGCCUCCUCGGUAGCACUGGUUGGAGUUGGAAAGAGAUUGAAAGCAAAUUCCAUCAAGGCAUGUCCUUCUUGUGGUCAUCGCAUCGAGCUUGUCGAAUCCGAAAAGCCUCCUUCUGCCAUUCAAGAUUUGCCGGGGUUGCCCGCCGGAGUGAAGUUUGAUCCAACGGACCAAGAGCUUCUCGAGCAUUUGGAGGGGAAAGCGAUGCCCGAGUCGGAAAAGUUUCACCCUCUCAUCGAUGAGUUCAUUCCUACCAUAGAAGGAGAGAGUGGGAUUUGCUACACCCAUCCUGAGAAGCUUCCUGGGGUGAGGAGGGAUGGAUUAGUCAGACACUUCUUCCAUCGCCCCUCCAAGGCAUACACGACGGGGACAAGGAAGAGGAGAAAGGUGCACACCGACGAGCAUGGCGGUGAGACACGGUGGCACAAGACCGGCAAGACAAGGCCAGUGCUCGUGGGCGGAAGUCUGAAGGGCUACAAGAAGAUCCUCGUCCUCUACACCAACUAUGGUAACCAAAGAAAGCCGGAGAAGACGAAUUGGGUGAUGCACCAGUACCAUCUCGGCUCCGACGAGGAGGAGAAGGAAGGGGAACUUGUUGUGUCAAAGGUUUUCUACCAGACGCAGCCACGGCAGUGUGGUUUGGGAGCGAAGGAUGCGGUCCAAACAAGGCUUAACGGAUACGGAGGGGGCGGCAACGCCAUCCUCAAAGAUGGAAGCAUCAGUAACUACUGUAGCUCGUCGCUGAUAUCCUAUGACCAGACCAGGAACAGCCAAGCUAAGUUUGCCAUGCAGACUACUGGAGCUUCUUUUCUUCCAUGACAAGGGAUAUAUAUACAAAUAUAGAAGAAGAAAUGAUAUGACAAGGUUGUUUAAUUUUGUACACAGGUGAAUGCAUUCAUUCACUCCAACACGAACCUUUUGAUGGAAUGCAUGAGAGGUUGGAUUUCCUUUUGCUUUUACAUGUAUCAAGUAAGUUUGUCCAGCUUUUUCCUGCAAUGGUUGUAAAGAUGAGCCAACUUACUGCAGCAGCGUGUUUGUAA